UACAUACUUUUAUUCUGUUGAACACAAAAAUAUCAUUGUUUUAAGUAUUAUUAUAAUUUUUAUUUUAAAAUAAUCUGGGAAUCAAUGCCUGGUUUGGAUAAAUCACGAUUUGUGGACAUAUCCACCGAUGAUCUCAAUGAAUUUAUUUGUGGUAUAUGUAUGGAUGUGUUUGAGAACCCGGUGUUCAGUCCCUGUUGUCGGCAAACCUAUUGCAAGGAUUGUAUCACCGGUUGGCUGAAGAACCAGAAGACCUGUCCUAAUGAUAGGAAGCCAUUGACUGUAAACCUAUUGAGUUCUCCGCCAAGAGUUUUGAUUAAUUUGAUGAACAAAUUGAGGAUUAGGUGCGACUUUCACGACACCGGGUGUCAAGAAGUGCUCAAAUUGUGUGAAUUGAGUGAUCAUAAGGACAGUUGCCUACGGAAUCCCAACCGGAAGUGUGCCGACUGUGCGCUACCGGUGGGCGUCGGACACAAUUGUAUCGCAAAUAUGAAGCUUAACAUUGAGUCCAUUAAUGAUGAGAUAAGACGUCUUCAGCGAGAGAACAAUCACCUGAAGACAGAGGCCGACCGAUUGAAACGCAACCAAAAUAACACAAAUGUAAGCCGUGAGGACAAGACCCUGCGUAUAGUGAACUCGCGGAUGAAUGAGGGGAUGAAGGAGUUUGCCAUUAAUUGUGCCGACUGUGCGCUACCGGUGGGCGUCGGACACAAUUGUAUCGCAAAUAUGAAGCUUAACAUUGUGUCCAUUAAUGAUGAGAUCAGACGUCUUCAGCGAGAGAACAGUCAUCUGAAGACAGAGGCCGACCGAUUGAAGCGCAACCAAAAUAACACAAAUGUAAGCCGUGAGGACAAGACCCUGCGUAUAGUGAACUCGCGGAUGAAUGAGGGGAUGAAGGAGUUUGCCAUUAAUGUAAGCCGUGAGGACAAGACCCUGCGUAUAGUGAACUCGCGGAUGAAUGAGGGGAUGAAGGAGUUUGCCAUUAAUGUGGCGAAUGAGGCGCACGACAGGUAUCGCAACGAACCCGAGGGAAGGCUCUCGACGUUCGUGAGGAAUGAGUUCGAGAAGAAGUACAAGAGUUUGUGGAACUGUUUGGUGAGUUCGUCCAUCAAUUGGGGCACUUCUAUACACCACUUCGAGAACCACUACAUCUACUUCAAGAUCGGUCUCUUCCACUUCAUGAUCUGGGAGUCGUCCAAGUAAUGCACAUUAGGCUAUUUUACCAUGCACCUAACAUAUUAGGCUAUUUUACCAUGCACCUAACAUAUUAGGCUAUAUUUUCAGUAUAUAUAUAUAUACAUGCC